GGAAAAGUUUUUCUUUUUCUUUUGUUUUAGUUCUUGUUUUUGCCUGGUUUUGAUUUUUAUUUCGUUCGGUCUUUUUUCGGUUUGGACUUGUGCACACAGUUUCCACCAUGAACAAGCUUUAUAUUGGGAAUCUGAACGAAAACGUGACCGCCGAGGACUUGGGGAAAACCUUUGACGAUCACAAGAUCCCGUACUCCGGACAGUUCCUCAUGAAAACCGGCUACGCGUUCGUGGACUGUCCGGACGACCAGUGGGCCAUGAAGGCGAUCGAGACGUUUUCUGGUAAAGUGGAGCUUCAUGGAAAACGUAUCGAGGUCGAGCACUCCGUCCCCAAGAAGCAAAGGACCAGGAAGCUGCAGAUCAGAAACAUUCCUCCACACCUGCAGUGGGAGGUGCUGGAUGGUCUGCUGGCCCAGUAUGGAACCGUGGAGAACUGUGAGCAAGUGAACACAGAGAGCGAGACGGCCGUGGUGAACGUCACGUACGGAACCCGGGAGCACGCCAGACAAGCCAUCCAGAAGCUGAACGGGUACCAGUUUGAGAACAACGCCCUGCGCGUCUCCUACAUCCCUGAUGAGACCUCCGAGCUGGAGGGCCAGCGGGGGCCCGAUAACGGCCGCCGCCCCGGUUACGGGCCCCGCGGAGGCCCCCGCGGCGGGUCCCCCGGCUCCGGGAUGCCCUCCAAAUACCAGCACGCCGACAUCCCGCUGAGGCUGCUGGUGCCCACGCAGUACGUCGGAGCGAUCAUCGGCAAGGAGGGAGCGACCAUCCGCAACAUCACCAAGCAGACACAGAGCAAGAUCGACGUGCACCGCAAGGAGAACGCAGGCGCCGCCGAGAAGCCGAUCAGCAUCCACUCGACGCCGGAGGGCUGCUCGGCCGCCUGCCGCAUGAUCCUGGACAUCAUGCACCAGGAGGCCAAGGACACCAAGACGGCCGACGAGGUUCCCCUGAAGAUCCUGGCGCACAACAACUUUGUCGGCCGCCUGAUCGGGAAGGAGGGACGCAACCUGAAGAAGGUCGAACAGGACACAGACACCAAGAUCACCAUCUCCCCUCUGCAGGACCUGACUCUGUAUAAUCCGGAGAGGACCAUCACAGUCAAAGGUCCCAUCGAGGCCUGCUGCCUGGCCGAGGUGGAGAUCAUGAAGAAGGUCCGAGAGGCCUACGACAACGACAUCGCUGCUAUGAACCAACAGACCCACCUGAUCCCCGGGCUGAACCUGGGAGCCCUCGGCCUCUUCCCCCCCUCCUCCACCAUGCCCCCCCCUCCGCCCGGAAACUCGGUGCCCGGCACGCCCUACGGCUCCUUCAGGGCUCCCGAGCAGGAGACGGUCCAUGUUUACAUCCCGGCCCAGGCGGUGGGAGCGAUCAUCGGAAAGAAAGGACAGCACAUCAAACAGCUGAGCCGCUUCGCCGGAGCCUCCAUCAAGAUCGCCCCGGCCGAGGCUCCAGACUCCAAAAUGAGGAUGGUGAUCGUGACGGGACCCCCCGAGGCUCAGUUCAAGGCCCAGGGCAGGAUCUACAGCAAGCUGAAGGAGGAGAACUUCUUCGGGCCGAAGGAGGAAGUCAAACUGGAGACUCACAUCAAGGUGGCUGCCGCCGCUGCAGGGCGGGUGAUCGGCAAGGGAGGCAAGACGGUGAACGAGCUGCAGAACCUGACGGCCGCCGAGGUGGUGGUCCCGCGGGAGCAGACCCCCGACGAGAACGACCAGGUCAUCGUCAAGAUCAUCGGACAUUUCUACGCCAGCCAGCUGGCCCAGAGGAAGAUCCGGGACAUCCUGACCCAGGUGAAGCAGCAGCAGAAAGGUGGGAUGGGGAUGGGCCCCGGCCCUCAGCCCCAGGGCCUCACAGAGAUGGGUGGCACCCCGCAGGGACUGGCUCAGGAGCACCAGCCACGCAGGAAGUGAGGGCCUCCGUCCCCCCCGAAAGACACGAGGCCCCCCCGCCUGACGGACAGACGGACAGACACAUGGACGGACAGAUGGACAGACAAACGGACAGACGGAUAGAAAACAGGAGAGCGACACACGGA